AUGCGCUUCACCGAGACUCUUUUGCUGCUGGCAGCUCUUACCAGCGGCUCUCUGGCCGGCCGUCAUGGUCACAAUCACGGCCGCCAUGAGGGCCAUGCUCGUCGUCAGGCUCAGGCUGCGGACAGAACUAUCACCGUCACGACGCUUUCCACUAUCAUCAAUUGUCCCUGUGAGGCUUCGUUCUCCAGUCUCCGGGCGGUUCCUUCUCCUACUCCGUCGUCUUCUGAAGCCUUGACGACCUCCACCUCAAUCUGGUCUUCUUAUAUUGAGUGGACCUCGACUUUAACCAUCGAGUGGACUACUUCCACCUCGACCGUUGCGCCGACCACCUCCAGCAUCGAGUCGACCACUUCCACCAUUGAGUCGACCACCUCCACCAUUGAGUCAACCACUUCCACUAUCACACCCUCCCCGACCAGCUCUACGUCGAGUUCGUCUGCCGCCAACGCCGACUGGACCGCCACUCCCUCCAGCGGCGAGUACCGCACCACCGGCUUCGGCGGCGUCACCAACUCCUCCGGGUCAGGCGACACCUACAUCGGCAACGUGGGCACUCCCUACGGAAGCAACAUCAUCAGCGUCGACAGCAGCGUCGCCAGUGAAUACAAGUACGUCGUCGAGUUCACAGGCUCCAACACCGACGACUGGCUCGUGGUGAUCUGGAACAAGAUCGGCCCCGACGGCAAAAUGGACGGCUGGUACGGCAAGGCCUGCCAUGAGUUCACCAUCGGCGCCGGCGAAACCGUCUACUACGCCUUCGACACCGACUCCCAGGGUGGCUGGACCGCCGCCAAGGGCUCCAUCCCAAUGAACGACUACGGCAGCUACGCAUCCACCUGGGGUGAAUUCGACUUCGGCUCGACUAUCAACUCGGGUUGGUCUGGUUUCGAUGUCUCGGCCAUCCAGGCCCAGGAAGCUGGGUUGGCUGUCCAGGGAAUGAAGAUCUGCAGUAUGCUGGACGAGGAUACCUGCUCGUAUAUUACCUCUGACGCUAGCGAGGUCAGUAACGCCUAUACCAGCGUCAAGGCUGAUAUCGGUGGCAUUGGCGGGAACCUGGUCGCGGGACCUGUUCGUCUGGCGGUUACUCUGGACUACUGUGAGUAA